AUGACAGUGUGUUCAAAUAUUAAAGACACUUUUCCAAAACUGACCCAGCACCAGCUGGCAGCAGCCAGUCUUUGGGGGAAGAAAGAGACUAUGAAGAGCCGACAGCCAGGCAGUGGGGAGACCACCCUGUGGCCCAUGUGGCCCCUACCAGGGCAGGGUCAGCCAAGAGUAGUGCAGACUCCAGAGCUGAACACUGCGAAUGAGCAUGAGCUGUAUGGGUAUGUGAGUGCUUCCAAGGAAGACUUGCCCUCUGUUGACCCCCAAAUGGGAGGCAUCCCACCUAGUGGAAAGAACCCCAGGGCCUCCUGAAGAGGAAAAGGAAUUUCUCCUUCCUCAAGUAGGCCUUGUGUGAGGUGAUGUCUAUCACUUUUAUCGUUUACCACAGCCCUGUGUGUUUUAUUGUCCCCACUUCAGAGAUUAGAUAACCAAGGCUCGCAGAGGUUAAAAACUAGUUCAAGAUGACAAAACUCAUGAGUGGAAGGUUUGAUGCCAAAGCCAACACUGUUAGCACCAGCCCAUCUGCUAGCCCCUCAAGAUCACUUAAUUCUCUCGACCUUCUACCACCUGUCUAUUCUCUAUGAUGACCUCUACUACUCAGGGGAAGCAGAGCUUGGAAACAAGCCCUAG